AUGCCUGUGGUCGUUCGCCUGAGGCAGGUGUACUGCUACGCUCAAGCCAAUUCUAUCUCUACCCUGCAGCGACGCUGGCAAUCCUAUGCGAUAGCUAGGGACGGAGUUGGCCUUCCCGCCAAUUCGGAUCUGCUUGACCGCUAUAAGGGCCUUGUCGCUCUUGGGCAUAUCAAACAGGAUGAAGAACAGCUCAGAGUGGUCAUGCAGUUGCGUCGUUUGACAAAGGAAUUGGAGGGUUAUUCCCCGCCAGCCAUUUCGGCUGCACUACUACAGAGAAGCAACUACUCUGCGACAAGGUCUUCAUCUGAAAAUACCAAGGAGGGCAUACCAGAGCCAACGCCUUGGUGGAAGCAUUCCGACGAUGAGGGUCACGUCUCCGAACGCGCUGUGGCUACUCGCAAGUCGCACGCAGAAGAGCUUGCAGCUUUGACGACGCCCAAGGGACUCCUUCUCAUUGGAACGCCCGGGAGCGGCAAGAGCUUCUUAGUUGACCUAUGGCUCGACACGCUGUCGACACCUUACAAGAGCCGAAAGCACUACAGCCUUCUCGUUCUGGAGAUCUAUCGUGGCGUCUGGGAAGAGACGCAGCGGCGCAUGCUCGAGCGUCAUCACGAACCUGAUGCUGUUCCUGCCCCACCCGAAACAUGGAACAAGACUAUCCGCGAGCACUGGCGUCGACUAACCCGCGCUGGGGCCGCGCCCAUUCGGUGGGCUUCCGGCGCGCGAGGCUCUCAGGCUUUCUCCUGGUACUCGGCGACCUCUGAGAGCAUCGCGUACACUGUCGCUCAGCGUCUCGUUCUCCGUCAUUGGUUACUCGUACUCGACGAGCUCCAGCUUCUUGACGUCUCCAGCGCCACGCUCCUGGCAGACGUUCUCUCUUGGUACUGGCGAAUGGGCGGCGUCAUUGUGGGCACUAGCAAUCGCGUUCCCGACGACCUGUACCGCAACGGCGUUCAAAGGGAUCGACUUGAGCCUUUCGUUGAAGCCCUAAAGAUCCGUUGUCCAGUCGUUGAGAUGCGCUGCAAUACGGAUUGGAGGGAAGUUAUCGCGCAUGAAGGGGGUGGUCGGUCAUCCUGGUACACGACGAAGGAGCGUGCAGAAUUCGACCUGGCCGCAAAGCAGGAAGAUUUCGGUAAAGCUGACGCCCACAACAUAACCGUCUUCGGUCGACAAAUACCGACUCUUCGAGUGGGGAAUGGCGUGGCCAUGUUUACCUUCGCUGAGCUAUGCCAUGAGGCAUUGGGUCCGGCGGACUACAUCAGUAUCGCCGCCAAGUUCAGCACUGUCUACUUCACCGACGUUCCUGUCCUUCGCAUCUCGGACAAAAACCAGGCGCGACGCUUCAUCACCCUCAUCGACGCCUUGUACGAAGCGCGAUGCCGCAUCGUCGCUCUGGCGGAGGCCCCUCCUUAUCGCCUCUUCUUUCCCGAUGCGAGCACGGCGGAGCAACAAGACGUCGAUGUUAUGAUGGCUGAGUCCGUGGCUGAGACGCGGGACACGUACAGACCUAACGUUGCCUCCUACGACGCACCGAACAUGGAGGAAGCGCCAGAGCAGGUGAAGACGAACACGCCGCUAGAUCAGCUCUCGAUUUUCUCGGGCCAAGACGAACAAUUCGCCUUCAAGCGCGCGUUUUCCCGUCUCAUGGAGAUGACAAGUCCGGCGUACGCAAGCCGAAGGAAAUGGGUACCCGUCCCCGAUAGGCAAUGGGAAACAUCGAGUGCUACUUCUCAACCACUGCCUACAAGCCCUGCGCGUCGACAGACUCGCACUUCUCCCUCGCCAGACGCUAGCGAGAUCGCAAAUUCCGACUUCGCACAGGAAGCAGCUAACAGUACGACCACCUUCACUGGGCGAAGACCACCGGCGCCGCAUAUCGCUAACAGGCAUGUAUGGGGCGUCGACGAUCCUGUCGAACGAUCCGGGUCACACUCAGCGCAAGGCACAGACAGCAGGUAG